AUGCCUCCAGCAGGGAGCGGUAGCUCCAGGAAGAUCUCCUUCAACGUGUCGGAGCAAUAUGACAUCCAGGAUGUCGUAGGAGAAGGCGCUUACGGUGUCGUCUGCUCCGCGCUGCACAAGCCUUCUGGCCAGAAAGUGGCUAUCAAGAAGAUCACGCCCUUCGACCACUCUAUGUUCUGUCUGAGGACACUGCGAGAGAUGAAGUUGCUGCGGUAUUUCAACCACGAGAACAUCAUCUCCAUUCUUGACAUCCAGAAGCCUCGCAACUACGAGACAUUCACCGAGGUCUACCUCAUCCAGGAACUCAUGGAGACCGACAUGCACCGUGUCAUCCGCACACAAGAACUCUCAGACGACCAUUGCCAGUACUUCAUCUACCAGACGCUGCGCGCUCUGAAGGCCAUGCACUCGGCAAACGUCCUCCACCGCGACCUGAAGCCCUCCAACUUGCUCCUCAACGCCAACUGCGAUCUCAAGGUCUGCGAUUUUGGCCUUGCGCGAUCCGCCGCCUCCACCGAAGACAACUCCGGUUUCAUGACGGAAUACGUUGCUACACGCUGGUACCGCGCGCCCGAGAUCAUGCUCACCUUCAAGGAGUACACAAAGGCUAUCGAUGUGUGGAGUGUCGGCUGUAUCCUAGCUGAAAUGCUCAGCGGCAAACCUUUGUUCCCUGGAAAAGAUUACCAUCACCAGCUCACCUUGAUUCUCGAUGUCCUCGGUACGCCCACCAUGGAAGACUACUACGGUAUCAAGUCCCGUCGUGCCCGUGAAUACAUUCGAUCGCUUCCCUUCAAGAAGAAGAUCCCAUGGAAGGCCAUGUUCCCCAAGACAAACGACCUUGCGCUUGACCUGCUAGAGCGAUUGCUUGCAUUCAACCCGGUCAAGCGUAUUACAGUCGAGGAGGCGCUGAAGCACCCAUACCUGGAGCCGUACCACGACCCUGAUGACGAGCCGACUGCCGACCCAAUUCCCGAGGAAUUCUUCGAUUUUGACAAGAACAAGGACAACCUGACUAAGGAACAGUUGAAGCUUCUCAUCUACCAGGAGAUUAUGCGAUAA